GCUUACCUCUCAUAGCUAUGAGCUAUGGACUCGAUAGAUUCUCUCAAAUAGCACGCACGCGCAGUCCACUAAAAAUUUUAUAUAUAACGGAAAUCCAGUUCUUUACCCCGUUCAAAAUUUUAAAUCAUAAAAAUGGCGUUUAAAAACAAUAUUGUGAUCUUUUUGGUGUUUGUGUGUGAAUUGUUUAGUGUGACUGUCGUUGGACAAUCGUUUUUGAUGCCUGAGAUUCUUCUUUCAGAAAAAGAAUACGUUCUGGAAAAACAUGAAAAUUUCAGUAUUCUCUGCCAAGGAAAUAAACCGGUUUCGUGGACUGUGCCCAAAGUUAAGGAUCCAAUUAAGAAAACAUGGACAACAUUUAGAAUUAACUCGGAAAAAACGAACAACACUCAGUACAAAUAUGGGUCUCGUCUUCAAAUAACCAAUAUGUCGUACCCAUUUGUAGGGUUCUACUACUGUCAUUUUGGGAAUGUUUAUAUGGUGAACGAGACUGAUAAAGUGUACUUAUUUGUAAAUGAUAACGAUAAUCUUGACGUCGGACUCGACUAUCGCAAAAACAACACUGACGUCAUUUACAUACAAAAGCGGGCAAAAAACUCCAACAUACAUUGUCGUCCAACAGCGCCUGAUGUCGAUGUGAAGCUGUUUAGGAUCGAUACUGGCAGUGUUGAAGUUCCACUAAAUGUGCUUUUGGAAGAAACAAACACCAUGUACUGGUAUGAAAAGUAUUACGGCAUAUCUACUAAUGAUACAAACUUCGAUGAAGAAAGAGUAUUUUCGUGCCGUUUUACAAAAAAUGCAUUCAUGCAAGAAACAGUGGUACAUUUUACGGCUGUUGACUAAAGUUCUUCUAUAAGGACGACGAUAAUAUAAUACAUAUAAUAUAAUAUUCAGUACGAUAACAAAUUAGUUGCUUUUUCAUCUGCUCUGGUGAUGGACCCGUGUUGGUGCUUAUACCUUAUAUCUGACAUAUUAUACCAUUUAAAUUUACCAAUUGAAUAGAAGUAUGUAAUAUAUACAUAUUAUAAAUCUAUUAGUAUAUUUUGUAUAUUAAUCAUUAAUAAAUUUUAUGAAUUAUAA